AUGGCUGUUUUGGAAAAUCGUGUUAGAUCAAGUGACCGACAAUGUCAUAAAUGUUAUCUUAUGCUUGAAAUGAAUGCGAGACGUGGCCAGAUGCUUAACACCCCUGGGAACACGGCCAUGUUUGUUCCCAUGUUAGUUUUUAAUUCUUUCUUCGACGUGCAUGAAACUGGAGGAGUUCAAGGCCAACACGGUCUGGAACACGAUCGUGUUCGAGGGUGUGUUGACCUCAACAUGGUCUGUGAACAUGGCCAUGUUCCUCGGUGUGUUCCCCUAAAUUUUGUCUAUGAACAUGGCUACGUUGUUGAGUGCGUUGAUGAUGACGUGGUCUUGGACAUGGCCAUGAUGUUGCCCACGUCAACUCUUUGA